AUGGUUUCAACAAGAGGGGAUGUGCACAGUUUUGGAAUUGUAGUGAUGGAAACAUUCACAAGAAGGAAGCCAACAUAUGACAUGUUUGUUGGGGAAAUGAAUUUAAAGCAAUGGAUUGCAAACUCACUAUUACCAGAUGCAAUGAUAGAUGAAGUUGUGGAUGCCAAUUUGCUUGGGAUUGGGACAGAGCAGGAAGAUGAUGAUCAUGAAUUUGACUUGACAAAUGAAAGGUUCCUUGUGCAGGAGAUGAUCUUCCAUCCUGCUGAUUUGGGAAUGAAUCAGGAUGGGCCAGCGGAGUGCAUAGUUCUAGCUGUCAGUUCUUGCCAUCUUCAUCUUCACCCUGCCAACAUUAUUUUAACCGGGGGAAGCACACUAUUUCCUCGACUUGCUGAUAGACUAGAGAGGGAGCUGCGACCUCUUGUUCCUGAUGACUAUCAAGUGAACAUAACUCCUCAACAAGACCCCAUACUAGGUGUUUGGGGAGGAGGAUCUCUGUUUAGGCAUCUUUGGCCAGUGACUAUACAGCAUCAAUCAACUGCAUGA